UACGAGCCAACGAAGAACAUGUACCAACGCAUGCGCAAGAUCAUGGUCGUCUCUGCUCCAAAAAGUCAACAUGUUUAUAUUCAUUCGUUUAUGAUAACAUACAUUGCAUCAAUGAUGUAAUAAAUUAUUAGAGUACAGUACAUAAGAAUACUUACAUACGCUUAAUUUUUUAGUUGCACCGCAAUAAAAUAAAAGCAGGAAAAAUUCAAAAAUUAUGUGAUAAUUCUGUGAUGGUUGUGAUUGAUUUAUAAACUGUCAAAAUUUUAAUUACAAAAUAAUAUUGAUCUAUUUUGUGCGUAUCGAAAACAAUUCAAUUACUUGACUAUUUUUAUACUGUAAAAUCACGCAAUUAUUUUCGAAAAUAUUUUAUUAUAAUUUAUAUUAGACAAACAUCAGAAAAAUGUUUAGAACAGUGCAUACAAAUAUUUCAAAAUAUCACGUGAACCUGCCGUGUAGUGCCUGUAUAAAAAGUUAUUCAAAAGUAGCAACUGAUAAGGAAUCUUUUAAGAAAAAAUUAGAAGACGGCCCUAACCUUGAUGACUUUCUAUCAGAAUCAUCAUCUAAAUAUGAAGGCAAACUAAAAUUAGAAAAAGGAGAAAAAACAAGAUUACGAUUACCACCAUGGCUAAAAACAGAGAUUCCUAUUGGUAAAAAUUAUGCAAGAAUCAAAGAACAAUUGAGAACUUUGAAACUAGCAACUGUUUGUGAAGAAGCUCGCUGUCCAAACAUUGGAGAAUGUUGGGGAGGUGGAGAACAUGGUACAGCUACUGCGACCAUAAUGUUGAUGGGUGAUACAUGCACUCGAGGUUGUCGAUUUUGUUCUGUUAAAACAGCAAGAACUCCACCACCACUUGAUCCUAACGAGCCUGUAAAUACAGCAGCAGCGGUAACAAGUUGGGGGCUUGAUUACAUUGUUUUAACGUCAGUUGAUCGUGAUGAUUUACCUGAUUAUGGUGCGAAACAUAUCGCAGAGUGUAUAAGAGAAUUAAAAAAAAGAAGUAGUAUCCUCGUGGAAGCUUUAGUACCUGAUUUUAGUGGAAAAGAAGAUUGUAUACAAGAAAUAGUAGAUUCAAAACUAGAUGUCUUCGCUCACAAUAUUGAAACUGUUGAGAGACUUACGCCUUUUGUUAGAGAUCGACGAGCACGCUAUGAACAGUCGUUGAGAGUUCUCAAAAGUGCGAAGCAAAUGAAUCCAGCCUUGAUAACUAAGUCUUCAAUUAUGCUUGGACUUGGGGAAACAGAUGAAGAAGUUAAAACAACUAUGAAAGAUCUCCGGGAAGCUGGAGUUGAUGCUUUGACUCUUGGCCAAUAUAUGCAACCAACAAAAAGGCAUUUGAAAGUGAUAGAAUAUGUUACACCUAAGAAGUUUCAAGCUUGGCAAAAAUACGGAGAGGAAUUAGGUUUUCUUUACACUGCUAGUGGUCCAUUAGUCAGAUCGUCUUAUAAAGCAGGCGAAUACUUCCUUACUAACAUCCUUAAAGAGCGUCAAGGUCAAAGUGCUAGUAGUACAUCUCCAUCUAAUUGAUGAUGUAGUCUUUAGUAAUGACUUAUUGAAUUAUAUUAUUUAUUGCUACUAAAUUA